UGACGAAUGUGGUGGAAGGUAUCGUCCACGAGCGGGAAUGGCGGUGAGAGGAGGGGAGUGUGGGGAAAGUUACCCCGGGGUUUUGCCGCGGCGACAACGUGAACAACUUUCCGCCACAACCACCUGAUCGAGCAAUCUAGCCAGACGAAAGUGUUGGCAUCGAUCUCAAUGUUCUCACUGUUGUCUUAUGAUCUCUCCAAAUGGAGAGUACGCAAGACGUAGGGAUGCGCCGUCGCCGUGCGCAUCUGAGAAAGUGCAUGAGCCACACCCCGGUAAUGGCCGACCCGAGUUGCCGGGCAAAGCAUCGGCCGUAGUUGGAUGUCACGUCGUUGUUGAUUGACACUUCGUCACAACUUUACCAUCGCCGUCUCUAACGACACUCUCGACCUCGCUAGGACCUAUCGAUCACCUCUGGCUGUGCCCUAUCUCCUCCUCCGCUCCUCACUCCUCACCAUGGCUUCCGUCCAGGCGCUCAAGUCGCGCCUCCGCUCCAACUACCGCUUCUUCCUCCCCUACCGCCUUCGCUGGGCUGACAAUGACCAGUACGGACACGUGAACAACUCGGUGUACAACUUCCUCAUCGACUCGGUCGUGAACACCUACCUCAUCGAGUCGUGCGGCCUGCGCCCGACCGACCCGAACCCGUCCGAGCCCAUCGGCCUGGUAGUGACCAGCAGCUGCAACUACUUUGCUCCGCUGACUUUCCCCGAUGUCGUCGACCUUGGCCUGCGCGUCAACAAGCUUGGCAAUAGCUCAGUGACGUACGAAGUUGGGUUCUUCCAGCAGGGUAAGGACACUGUCGCGGCCGUCGGUGGGUUCACGCACGUCUUCGUCCACCCCGUCGAGCGGCGGCCGACGGCCAUGGUGGAGCAGAUGAGGCGUGGGUUGGAGAAGCUCGUGGUCGAGGACAAGGCGAGCUUGUGAUGUAGACAUUGGAUUCGUG